CCUUCGAUUGAUGGCGAAUUAGUUUAUUUUAUUUUUCCCUUAGUCCCUUGUAGGAGUGUUCUUACUUCUUACGCAACCAUUGGGAAGACAGAAGUAGCAUAGAUCUUUCAGACUAACAGAGCAGCAAUGGUGAUAUUGAGGAAGAGAGGUCGAACCCUGGAAGCUCCUGUAAAUCCGAAAGAAGCCCAGAAUGACAAAACCCAGGAAAAAGCCAGUGGUACCCAAGAGCAAGAGGGUUCAGGUUACGAGCAGUUUAGAGAUAAAAGGAUUAAAGAGAACAUGGAGAGAAUGCAAAAGCUUGGGAUACUCGACCUUUCUCUUAAGCUCAAGCCCGUAGUUCCAACUCCCAAGCGCACUUCCAAAAACACUCCCGAAAGAAGUCACCCUUCUCUACUGCUCCCUUCUGAACCCCAGAGACGUUCUUCCAGUUGUUAUAUUGGGUCGCUUUCUGGUAUUAGGUUGCAGAAGGUAGCUCCUGUUAGCUAUUCAGAACUUUAUGUGCACAAAAAGGGCAAAUCGAGAUCGUUGGACGAUGAGGAGACUUGGGUUAGAGAAGGCGUGAAGCCAGAAAUUUAUACCGAAGAACACGAGAAGCUGUUGGGUACAUGUGAGACGCCUUGGACUCUUUUUGUGGAUGGAUAUGGGAAAGAUGGUAAGCGUAUAUAUGAUUCGAUUAAGGGGAAGUCAUGCCAUCAAUGCCGGCAGAAAACUCUUGGUCAUCAUACCCACUGCAGCAAAUGCAACCUGGGCCAGGGGCAGUUUUGUGGAGAUUGCUUGUACAUGAGAUAUGGAGAGAAUGUCUUAGAAGCCAAUCAGAAUCCAAAUUGGAUUUGCCCUGUUUGUCGUGGGAUUUGUAACUGCAGCUUGUGCCGACUGAGUAAAGGAUGGGUUCCCACUGGGUCUCUCUAUAGAAAAGUGUCAAGAUCAGGCUACAAGUCAGUUGCACAUUAUCUCAUCCAAAUUCGACGCUCUCAAACAAACUCUGAAGAACACUCAGCUAUGGAACUUCCAGUUUCUGCUAAGAGGUCAAUACCCUUUGCAGAUUUGGAAGAACCAUCCCAGAAGAAGCCUCUUGACUCUGAUGAUGGUAAUCAUGAAUGCUCAAAGCCUCAAUUUGAAGAUAAUAACGAGGCUACAGGGAAGAAAGUUGAAGUGCAGACUUUGGAUAUAAAGCAUGAUGUUAACAAUAGUGCUUCAGAGGCUGACUCAAAGCUUACAGUGAAUCCUGAACUUGCUACUGAAGUAUGCCAUGAUGGUAUCGGAGGAAGAUUGAGCCCGCUGAGCAACAAGGAUAAUGAUUACAAUGGAUGCACAAAGUCCACAACUGGAAACAACCAAGAUGAUGACAAGUUCAGAGUGGGGAAAGAGGAUCGAGAUAUAUUUAAGGGGGGUAAUAGUGAUAUUGCAUUGGGGAGUAAUCAAAAGCCUCAAAUGGAACAUGCUUCUCCCAGUGAGUUGAUUACAGCAGCAUUCUUAGAAGGUUGAGGCGAAGGAGUAACAUGUCUUGAAGAUGGAGGCUCUUACUUUUUGUGUCAGCAUGGAUUGUUAACAUUUUAUACUGAUAUUCUAGUACAGCUUGGCUCACAGUUACAUAUAGAAGCAAGCAGAAGCUCUUAAAAUAUGUUCCACAUUUUGGUCGGGGAUGCAUGUGGAUUUUGGUUUUUAUGGGAUUCAAGUAUUUUUCCAUUCUACAGGUCCAUGGUGGCGAUGGUGGCGCUGGAUGACUAUUGCCACUGUCUGGUUAAAUAGCAAGUGACCAGACAUUUUGACCAAGACAUUAUUGGUGUUCUGAGUCCUUACAGGUCCUGAAAAUGGACCCUCUUUUUGCCUCAGCUCAAGUCAUAGAAGCAAGUUCAUAUAGGUUUUGCAAUUUGUGCAGGAAUGUUAAUUGAUUUUGUUUCUGAUGGGGUUACAGACUUCUAGUGAGAAGGUAGUGUUUCAAAACUUUUGAAUUACCUGUGUUGAGAUGACUUCUU